AGGGCCAGUUGAAUGAAACAGAGGAAUGAAGGUUCAUUUUGCAUUCUCACAAACCGAUGAAACUCUGCUUAUCUUAAACCAAACCAACUUGCUCACAAGAGCAGGGAGAACAGGACCAGCAUAAAAGGCAGGGCAGGGCUAACUGUUGCUUUCACUUGCUUCUGACAUAACUGUGUUCACUAGCAACCUCUGUCAGACACCAUGGUGCAUCUGACUGGUGAUGAGAAGUCUGCCGUUGCUGCCCUGUGGAGCAAGGUGAACGUGGAUGAAGUUGGUGGUGAGGCCCUGGGCAGGCUGCUGGUGGUCUACCCUUGGACCCAGAGGUUCUUUGAGUCCUUUGGGGAUCUGUCCUCUGCUGCUGCUGUUAUGGGCAACCCUAAGGUGAAGGCUCAUGGCAAGAAGGUGCUAGGUGCCUUUAGUGAUGGCCUGGCUCACCUGGACAACCUCAAGGGCACCUUUGCCCAGCUGAGUGAGCUGCACUGUGACAAGCUGCACGUGGAUCCCGAGAACUUCAGGCUCUUGGGCAAUGUGCUGGUGUGUGUACUGGCCCGCAACUUUGGCAAGGAAUUCACCCCACAGGUUCAGGCUGCCUUUCAGAAGGUGGUGGCUGGUGUGGCCACUGCUCUGGCUCACAAAUACCAUUGAGAUCCUGGACUGUUUCCUGACAACUACAAGAAGACCCUAUUUCUCUAGAUUCUAUUUUCUGAACUUGGGAGCACAAUGUUUACUUCAAGGAUAUGGCUUCUGCCUAAUAAAGAACUUUCAGCU